AUGGCGUCCUUUCGCUUUAAAUACGGCCGUUCGUCCAACGAGCGGGUCAAACCUGUGAAUCUGGAUAUCCGCCAGUACUACAACCCAGAUCUACCAGUCUAUGGCCCUUGGAAACUUUGGCAAACCCAGCCAGAGCUUCCUUCGGCCAAAGAAAUUCUCGGAACAGAUGUACCGGGAGACGUUGUCUCCCUCCCCACCAAUCGUAUCUGGGAACCCUGGGUUUCCAAGGAGAAAUACCUUGAGACUCAUUAUGCAUUGAUUCGAGAAGACUCGGUUACACCACUUCGAAAUGCUGUGGGCCAGGUUCGCGCCGAUCCUUUUAUGAAUGAUACCGCGGACAUCUCUAUCUACGAGAAGGUUUUCAUUACAGGUGUUACCCUAGCCCGCGCGGGUUUCGCGUUGCAUAUUCAAUUCUCUACUCGCCGCGCGGGCAAAAACAUUGCCUGGUCAUACUCCAAUCGUCUUAAUCCGGGAACCCUCAUUGCUUUGUCUCCAAAGGAAAAUGCGUUCUCCAGCAAAUGUGUUGUUGCCGUUGUGGCCUGCCGGCUACUGGAAGGGGUCGAAAAAGACCCCCCGGAGGUUGAUAUCUUCUUGGCCUCGCCCAAUGAUAUCGACUUUGAUCCUCAGCAAGAAUGGAUCAUGGUUGAGGCUCGAGCGGGAUAUUUCGAAGCAAACCGACACACCCUGACAGCACUGCAAAAGUUGUCAAAGGAGAGUUUUCCAUUGAACGAGCAUAUCUGCAGCUUGGCAAGAGACAUUGAUGCGCCGGAGUACAUCAACGCUGCACCGCGCAUGGACUUCGCGCCAUUGUCUGAAUCAUCGGCAUUCGAUAUCACUGAAAAAUACGACAUCCUUGAGCAAUGGCCCUCCCACCCAAUGGGAAAGCUAGAUGCAUCCCAAUGGACAGCCCUGAAUCGAAUGUUGACUAAAAGACUAGCCAUAAUCCAGGGCCCUCCUGGAACAGGAAAGUCCUUUACCUCCAUUGCUGCUUUAAAGAUGAUGCUCGCAAAUAAAGGACCAAACGAUCCCCCCAUUAUCAUCGCUGCUCAGACUAACCAUGCUCUCGAUCAACUUAUCAAGCAUAUCUCGGUGUUUGAGAAGAACUUUGUGCGGCUGGGGGGAAGAACGAACGAUCCUGACAUCCGAAAGCGCACCCCCUAUGAGAUCAGACAGAACUAUGGUCUAUUGACAAUUGAGGGAGGCCUGAUGGAUCCAAUGAAAAAGAAACAGAACAAGAUCGCUACUGAGAUUGAGAAGCUCCUGGAGCCAUUUUCGCGAUCAAACAGCGACCAGCCUAUUCCAGCGUCUCUGUUUCUAGAGUACGGUAUUCUGAGCAAAGAGCAGUUCCAGUCUUUGGAAGAAGUUGCACUAAAUUGGCAGCAACCCAAUCUCCCUGCAGACGCCGAUCCGUUGCGGGCUUGGCUUACGGGCUGCAUGCAGCCGUUCGACUCCAAAUACAUUGGUGGAUUCGGGUUUGCCAAUGAUGAUAUUGACUUGGAGUAUGAACAGCUGAAGGAGAUCGAAGUCGAACGUGGAGGAUAUGAGGAUGACUGGUCGACUUUCAGAACCCGCUUUUUCCACUUAUCACCCGGUCUUUGCGGUUCCGGUACAGCGGAAAUCUCUCGGGCGACUAUUGAGCGCUGGCUGAAAGAGAAGCACCUUUACAACAUUCACCCGAACUGUCGUGGCUCUGUUUAUGGUUACAUGCGCAGGGAGCUGAUCAAGAUCCUGGGAGAACAGCUACAUGCCAUCGCUCAAGUUUACAAAGAUUGCUCUGCCAAUUUCCAAACUGGCAGAUUCGAACGGGACUACUGUAUCCUCCAGAAGGCAAAUAUCAUUGGAAUGACCACCACUGGUCUGAGCAAAUACAGAGGAUUGGUCUCGAGCUUGAAUCCCCGAGUCAUAUUGAUUGAGGAGGCAGCGCAAGUACUCGAAGCCCCAGUUGCAGUUGCUUGCCUUCCAUCACUUCAACACCUCAUUCUUGUUGGUGAUCACCUGCAGCUCAGGGGUCAGUGUGCCGACCAUGAACUGCGUGGUCGCCCUUUCUACCUCGAUGUCUCCAUGUUUGAGCGUCUGAUGGUAAAUGAAAUGCCAUACGCCAUGCUUCAAAAGCAGAGACGAAUGGUACCAGAAAUCAGAAAGCUUGUGGCUCCUGUCUAUGGGAAUCUCCUGCACGAUCAUCCGUCUGUUUAUCACCACCCAUUUGUUCCUGGCAUGGGAGAUAAGCGAUCAUUCUUUUUCGACCACCCCUCACAUGAAAGCUCCGACAGUCUAUCCUCUAAAGUCAAUGACUUUGAGGCAUCGAUGGUGGUCAAUUUCCUUGCCUACCUUGUGAUGAACAAGGUCCCGGCAAGCAGUAUCACUGUUCUGACAUUCUACAAUGGCCAAAGGAAGUUGAUUAUGCGGAAGAAGGGGCAGAAUCCAAACGUCGCCCAAACAUACGUCAAUAUCCUGACAGUCGAUUCUUAUCAAGGAGAAGAGAAUGACAUUGUAAUUCUCUCACUCGUUCGAUCCAAUCAUCAUCGAGGUAUCGGCUUUCUCCAGCAGGACAACAGAAUCUGCGUUGCCUUGUCCCGUGCCAAAUACGGCCUUUACAUUUUUGGCAACGCACAAUGUGUCAGCAAAUACAGUGAUUUCUGGCAUUCAGUUACCAACUUGAUGACCGAAGAUCCACAAGAUCCCCGUCUUGGCUCGGCUUUACCCCUGUUCUGUGAAAGACAUAACGAAGAAACCCUCAUUAGAACAAGCCUUGCGACAGGGAUCUGCCAUGCGGACAUCCGUGUCCCCGUAAAUGCCAUGGUUCUGAGCACGACUGGUGGUAAGGAAACCAAAACCCAGAUCUUUGACGGCGGAUCCGACUGGGACGAUAUCGGUGAAGAGGAGGAACGCGAUGCAAUGAUCGAGAGUGUGCGCAGAUGGCAGGCUCUUGCGCAGGGUGGGGCCAUACAGGGUGAUUACCAUCGGGCUCAGCCCCAUGGUAAUGGGAAACGCCCUUGGGAUGAUGAAGGAAAGGGGAUGGAAAUCGACGAGUAUCGUCGAGCUGGGCAUGUGGAUGCUACACCAGCGGAGCAGAACAUCGCUGACCCGGACCAAGUAAGCCUAAUUGACCUCGACGACGAUGGUGAUCUUAAAGCCGAAGUUCUAACUACGGAGGUCCAUGUCUAA